GGCAUUCUCAAGUCUCAACCAGUCGACCCAAUUGGUUGGACUUGUACGACCAGAUCCGGUUCAGCGCACACUCGCCGUCGUUUCUUCUGUAUCGACCGAAUUGGUUGGACUUCUCCUUUGUAUCGACUUUCGACCGAGCGUCUCUCUCGAGCCCCCCUUCUCCUGUUCGACGCCGGCGGAAUCAGCAGACGGAGGCGGCGUUCCGUCAGCCGGCGCUCCACGCAAGUGUUCCAGGUCAUUGAAUAAAGUAAAAUGUCACAGGAAAGGACGUUGGAGGAAGUUGUGUCCCCCUUUCUUAUGCAAUUAUCAAAAGCAAGAGUUCUUUCAUUGACACUGGAUGAUGACAGCUUGCUUUUAGAUAUCAAACUUCUAUUUGAAAAUAUUGAGAGAGAAGCCCAUGAUGUGGAGGAUAUAUUAAAGAGUGUGUCUAGAUGGGAAAAUGAGAUUAUCAAUGACUUUGGAGCAAUAGCUCGGCAUUUAGAUGACAUCAUAGAAGAAGAUAGUCAGCAGCAAUUUAUACAUUCAAAGCUUCAGAUUGUGAAUACUGAAAUGUCCAACUUAAAAGAUCGCAUGAAAUUUCCUCUCCAUGUCCCUUUGAUUAAGCCCGCGGCUCCUGCAUUAUUGUCAUCAUCUUUACCAUCGAAAUCUCUGUCUGCAAAUGCUUCAGAGCAAUGGAAAAAACUGGAGAUCGAGAGGAAAAUUCUGGAGUGCUCCAUGAUAUCUAACUUGCAGCUCAGCUAUUAUAAUCUUGAUAUUCAGCUCAAGCUGUGCUUGUUAUGCUUCUCUAUCUUCCCAGAAAAUUCCAUUAUUAGUAAGAGGGCGAUGAUCCAUUGGUGGAUCGGUGAAGGGUUAGUUGAAGCCACGAAAAGUCAGACAGCCGAAGAUAUUGGGAAAGACUGCUUCGAGAGGUUGAUUACUGUAGAGAUGAUAGAACCUGUGCGUCAUAAACGCAUCGGUAGUGUGAACCAGUGUAAAUUGCACCCUUGGAUUCGCCGUAUGUUGAUUACCGUUGCAAGGCAAGAACGAUUUGUUGAAUUUGAUUCCGAUGGAAAUGCAACAUGGGGCUUUUCAGGUACUCACCGUGCUUGUCUGGUUGGAGAACAUAUUCAGGUAACAGAAACAGGACCACUCAGAAAUCAGUCCAAUCCAGAUUACCUUCUUACAAUAUUUAAUGUGAACGAGCAGUACCUCCAAUUCGACAAGAAUUGGUUCAUGGAUCUGAGGAAGAUUGAGGUUCUGCAGCUAGGUCGGUGGCAUAGCUUGUACCGACACCAUAUUGAGGUUGACAGCACCGAAUAUUUGGAAGGGCUGCAGUCAUCCAAACAAUUGAAAUAUCUUUGUCUGCGGGGUAUCUCCAGAGUCACCGAGCUUCCUGCUUCCGUUGGUGCACUCACAAAUCUCAGGAUCUUGGAUCUUCACGCUUGUCAUAACCUUGAGAGACUGACUGAGAGCAUCACGUCUCUUCAGCUGCUGACCCACCUGGAUGUUUCAGAAUGCUACCUGCUAGAGGGCAUGCCAAGGGGCAUUGGGUUGCUUGCUGAACUCCAAGUGCUGAAAGGGUUUGUAAUUGGUGGAUCAAUAGGAAAUUCCAACUGUCGGGUAGCGGAGUUGGUCAGGCUGGAUAAACUGAAGAAACUAAGCAUAUAUAUUGGAAGCAAAGUUCUAGUGACAGAAGACGAACUGAAUGAAGUUGAAAACAUCAAAGCCCUCCGUGUGCUGACAAUUACAUGGGCUGUGUUGCUGUCAAAGAAAGGAGCGGGCCAACAAGAUUCUGCUGCAACAACAUUGUUAACUUCGCUAUCCCUUCCUCCCCAUCUUGAAAAGCUAGACUUGCGUUGCUUUCCUGGUGUGGACAUGCCGGUUUGGUUGAUUCUGGGUAGACGGUUGAGAUUACGGAGGCUCUAUUUCACAGGAGGAAUGCUACAUACUUUUGGAGAGUCAACUCUGUGGAACGUUGAGAUACUGCGUCUGAAAUUCUUGAAUGACUUGGUGUUAGAAUGGACCCAGGUGCGUGAGAUGUUUCCGAAACUGACCUUCCUGGAGGUCUUCCAAUGUAGCAGGAUAAAAUCUUUCCCUUGUGACAAGGAUGGAGUGUGGAUGAGCUGCGACACCCAGGAAACCGAAGAGUAGAGCAAUUCACCAAACCGAGUGAGUUUUCAUUCUUACUUCUGCAGCAUUUUUAUGUGAGCGUGGCAGGACAGAACCAAGUUUUGAAGGAAAGCAACUUUGAACACAACGCCUGCUGAAGUUGUGCAAGUUAUGGUCAGUCUCACACACGCUAUUUCACGACAUCAUGGACAAAAUUAGUUGAUGAUUUCAAAUUCAUUUUUUUUCUAAAAUGUAUGUUUGACUUGAAUAUUUGUGUCACAAUAUAUUAGUGAAAGCCAUACAUGUAUCACACUGGAACAUUUUUCCAUAAGUCAUGAGUUUUAUGUGGCAAA